AUGUCAUAUGCAGGGCCGGGCAGGGAUAACGAGCUGCAGCGUCACCCACGCGACCCCUCUCUGCGUCCUCGUCUUCGGCUCUUCUUCCAGGGCGUCUCGGGGCUUGCUCCAGAACUGCUAAGAAGUACAAGAUACAAAGGUACAAGAGAAACCAGGAGCAGGACUGAAGAGAAAAAAGAAAGACAGAAAGACAGGACUCACAUUGCUGACAUCUAUCAACGCGGGAUAGUAAGGCAGAUAUCUGCUCUCGGCAAGGCCCGUAGCAGGCUGCAGGCGGCGCUUGAAGCCAGACAUGAUGGCUUGUUCUCUGGACUUGUGUCUACCUCUUGGUGGUUGUCUUCACCUUCACCUUCUCUCUCUCUCUCUCUUUCCCUCAAGUUCACACAGCUAGAGGCUAUAGUGUUCUUCUCUGGUUUACUUCACUCCAGAUCUGAGGCCACCGUCUUCGAAGGGCGGGAUGUCAUCGGCGGCCAGUGGAACUACGAGGACCCUGACCCUGAGACCGGGGAGACAGCCUCGUCCAUCUACGACAAUGUGACGCUCAAUUCGUGCCGUGAUACGUCCUCCUUCAGUGACUUCCCCAUUGACCCAGCCAGGUACCCUGAUUACUUCGGCCAUCGCCAGUUUCUGCAGUACAUACACGAGUAUGUCGAGCAUUUUGGGCUGGCGGCGUACAUCAAGCUGCAGACAAAGGUCAUCUCCUGCAGGCAGCACCAGCACCAGCACCAGCAGCAGCAGCGGAAAACCGGCGAUAAUCCCGGCAAAUGGACCGUCGUCUACCAGCAACAAGGCCAUGAGCCGGUAGAGGCGGUGUUUGACGCCGUGCUUGCAUGUACCGGGACCCUGUCGAAGCCGAUGAUACCGGACUUUGCCGGCAGGGACAAGUUCCAGGGUGAGCUCUUCCACAGCCACACCUACCGAAAGCCAGCGAGGUUCGAGGGCAAGAGAGUCGCCAUCAUUGGGUUUGGCAACUCAGCCGCGGACCUCUCCUCCGAAAUCAGCUCAGUGGCCAGUGAGGUGCAUUUGAUUACUCGCCGGGGCGGCUGGGUGAUUCCCCGGUACGUCCUCGGCAAACCCGCUGAGGCGUGGGACAGUCGACUAUUUGAGACAAUACUUCCCAAGUGGGCCUCGGAAUGGUGCCAGAUGAAGCUAUGCGAGGUCGUGGUAGGCUCGCUGCCGGAAGAGAUCAAGCCGCAGCAUUCGCUCUUCCAGGCCAAUCUGACUGUCCGAAGCGACCUGCUGGAGAACAUCCGGACAGGCCGUAUCACUGCCCACAGGGCCAGUAUUGACAGGAUGACAGAAUAUGGCAUCGUUCUAACCAAUGGGACGACCCUGGAAGUAGAUGUCAUCAUCUGCUGUACAGGUUAUGACAUCGACCUGCCGUACCUAUUGGACGAGUACUACCGGAUGCAGGAGAAGGAUAGCGUGCUACCAGCCAGAAACAGUCUUAACCUGUAUAAGCUCGUUGCCGCCCCAAGGUAUCCAAACCUCUUUUGUAUCGGUUACGUGCAUCUUGAGGGGCCGCUGGUCCCAGUUGCUGAGGCGCAGGCAAGAUGGGCGGUGGGUGCAAUUACGGGGAAAGUUACGCUGCCUUCCCCAGACGAGAUGGAGAGAUCGAUCUAUGCGUAUCAGGAGGAGCUAGCCUCUCGGAUGGUUUCUUCGGAUAGACACACCACAAUAGUCAAGUACUUGCCGUACUGCGAUGACCUGUUCAGUCAGCUGGACGCCGCCCCGACCUUCUGGCGUUUGUUCCAGCGGAUCUUUACUUCUAACCCAGUACAAGCUUACCAGGUGCUGAUAGCAGUGUACUUUGGCCUCAAUUCGGCUGCUCAGUACCGGCUCUUUGGCCAUGCAGGGAAGCCUGACCUGGCAGCUCAGAUACUUCUCAGGCUCUCCAGGGGGGAUAACAAGAUGACAGAAGAAGAGAAGGCGUAUAUCCAGAGCACAGCACAGGUCUGA